AGGCACUGUUUUUUGGAGUAGGGAUCCCUAAGGACUUCAGGUCUCCGCUGACCGCCACCAGUUCGCUGGUAGGAGGUCGAUGUUUUCCACGUAAACGCGGUGCUUCCCGAAAGGGAGAUCUGUGGGACUCUGCCUCGUCCCGACCAGCUCGGAACGACAAGUCCGCGCUCCGCGUUUCCACAAUUUACCUCUUCGGCGAUCACUUCCGCCCAGGGGUCUGGAACACCGGAGGCCCUUUGGCGGCGAACUUCGAGAAAGGUACUUCCGGUGUCUGUUGCCAAGGCGCCAGCCCCGUGGGCCCGAAGGGGCGACAUUAUUGGUUUCGCCCUGAUCCCCCUUCCCGGGGGUCGAGAUGUCGGGGCUCAGCUGCACAGAAAUGAAGGGCUGUCAAAACCUGCUAAGCCUACUGGACGACGAGGAGAUCAAGGCCCUGUGCGACACCGUCACCAACCGCCUAGUGCAGCCAGAGAACCGCCAAGAUGCCAUUCAUGCAAUAUUAGUGUAUAGUCAAAGUGCAGAAGAACUUUUGAGGCGUAAAAAAGUCCACCGAGAAGUCAUAUUUAAGUACUUGGCAACACAGGGGCUUAUUAUACCUCCAGCUACUGAAAAGCAUAAUCUUAUUCAACAUGCAAAGGACUACUGGAAAAAGCAAUUACCACUGAAAUUGAAGGAAACACCAGAGCCAGUUCAGACACAGGACAUUAGAUCUUUUCAACAGGAGGAAAAAGAAGAUAAGAAAGCUGAAAAAGUUGAUUUUCAUCGAUUAGGAGAAGAAUUCUGUCACUGGUUCUUUGAACUUCUUAAUUCUCAGAAUCCUUUUCUGGGACCACCUCAAGAUGAAUGGGGGCCACAGCACUUCUGGCAUGAUGUCAAGCUUAAGUUUUAUUACAACACAUCUGAGCAGAAUAUGAUUGACUACCACGGAGCAGAAAUUGUGAGCCUCCGUCUGUUGUCACUAGUGAAAGAAGAAUACCUUUUUCUCAGUCCCAACCUAGAUUCCCAUGGACUAAAAUGUGCUUCUUCCCCACAUGGUCUGGUUAUGGUUGGAGUUGCUGGUACUGUUCACCGAGGAAACACUUGUUUGGGCAUUUUUGAACAAAUUUUUGGACUCAUCCGCUGCCCUUUUGUGGCAAAUACUUGGAAAAUCAAAUUUAUCAAUCUGAGGAUUAUUGGAGAGAAGUCCCUUGCUCCUGGAACAUUAACAAAACAAGCUAUUCCAUUUGAACCAUGUGAAAUUGAGUCCUUUUAUAAUGUAGUCACUUUAUGUGGUACCAGUGAAGUACGACUUAAUGUAAGGCAGGCAUUGGAUGGUGGAAAUGGAGACCAGUCUUUGUGUAGUGGAAAAGAGGCCUUAUUGAAUGAAAAGGAACUGAACUUACCCAAUCCUUUAAAACAAUGAGCACUAUAUGUCAGUCUAAAAAAAUCUAUACAGAAACUUCCAAAUACUGUAUGGUAAUAUCUAAGUGAGUUCAGGUGUGACAAUUGACAUAUUUUAGUUGAAAUCUUUUUUGACUACAAACUAAUGUGUGAAUAUUUGCCUAUUUCUACCAUAGUUACAGCAAGUGUUCUAAAUGCUUAAUACAGUUCAUCAAAUAAUUCUGCUGUACAUGUUAUAACUAAUGUUGUGCCUUAGAAACCAGGUAAUGUUUUACUUUAGUGAAUAUUUUGUCAAAAUCUGUAUUUCUCAAAUGGGAAAAGAUGACUAGUUUUGAAGUCAUUUCCUUUUUUAAGUAUCUUAUUUACUUUAAAUCUAGAUACCUGUAAAUGCAGCUCAUGAUAAAAUUACUCAAAAAUUGCAUAGUAUACAUGUUUAAUAUAAGACUCAAAUUAUUCCACUUAGAAAACUUGAAUGACAGUCUUAUGCAAAAGCAGGUGGAGAAAAAUUCACUUCACCUCUUAAUAUUUCAGAAAAAGUUUUAAAGUUAUCUACUAAAGUCCAAGUGAAAUGUGUUAAAAUUUGCAACAUUUUCUUAACCUUUUUGGGCAGUGAUAAAUAUUAUUUUCAAAACAGACCUUAUUCCUAUCUAGGACUUCAGUGAACAGCUUUAUAGAGCAUUUUUUUUGUAACAUGAAUGAAACUUGCUAUCUAAUUUUCUUUUUAAGUGUGCCUAGUUUCUCACUUUUAAGUGACUUAUUCUUUUUCCUCUUGAUAUUGGAAGAGGUGACCAGAAAAAUGCUACUACUACAUAAUGUGGGCAUGUGUAGAUAUACAUGUAUAUUAUUAUAGUUCCACAUCAUAAAUGAAAUCAUUAGCAUUUUUCACCUCUACUUUGAAUUACAAGGUUAAAUUGCCAGGUUAAUUACAUAGGUACUUUAAAUUUUUCAUCACCCAGCAGCAAAUUGCUGAGCCUGGAUUCAGUUAGUAAUUUUGUUGUACAAACAUGCCAUUUGGAAAAAAAUUCAAUGGGAAAAUGUUGUGAUGAUAUAUUGUACAUGUUAAUUUUUUAUCUUUAACUCUGCUCAUGAUCAUUUAGGGUUAAUGAUAAUGAAUUUUGGAAACUAUGUACUCUGACCUUAUGAGAGUACAAAUUGGUAUGUCCUAAAAUAAGAACUUAAUAAAGGAGGGAAAUCCCUUUUGUCCACUCUUAAGAACAGUGUAUUGUUUAGAUUUAAAGCCAAGUUACCUUUUUCUUUGAGUUAUGAAGUUUUAUUAUAACAUGUAUUAGAUAAUAUCCUUAAUUAAAAACAUUUCUCAUCUAUUUUCAUUGUGCUAUUGAUGUCAAGUACUGCAGAAAUAUUACUGCAGAUUCCCAGGAUGCAUAGGGAUUUCCUCUGGCUGUUUUCAGUGUUGAAGUUCCGGUUUUGUGUAAUAUUCAAGAAUGCAAUCGCUGUGCGUUUAUUUAGUCAUCCUUAAAAAUUGAUUAUCUUCUUGAUUACAGUCUAUUGAGGAUUCAAGUUGUGUUUAAUUUAUUUUGAAUCCCUAUAGUAGGACCUAGUUUAAGUGAACAGGUGAAUGACCAGAAACUUUUACAUGCUACCUAUACUCAAAAGUAUAAAAGAUUUUGUCUUUAGUUCUCAUCAGUGGGCAUAUUGAUCUUAUUAUCUGUUUGAAUUUCAUGUUUGAGUGCACAGAAACUUCUAUAUCCCAUGUAAAAUUGGCUGAAUUUUAAAAGCCAGGGUCAGGGUGGGAUAUGAUAUCAUGGAGGCCACUGAGAAUACCACAAAGUCAUUGGGGAAUUUAAGGAGAAACACUGUACUGAGAAAGAAUUCCUGGAGAUAUUGAAAUUUGUAUAUAGAGCUUAAAGCUUGAUUAAGCCUUUGAGAAGAUCCAAAAGCAUAGUAUAAAUUAAAGUCUUAAAUCCCACCUACUAUUCUAGUUAUAUUUUGGGAUGGCAGAUUCCAGUUUUAAGCCUUUGCUGCAUCGUUACAUUUAGUUGGUAUUUAUUUGGAAAGUCUGGGGUCAAGUAGAAAAGAAUACAGCAUUCUGUACACAUAGUCCAUGUUAUUUGGGCAUUCAAACCAUGGUGGUAUUUGGAUUUUACUUACCGUAGACAGAUUUGCUUUUGUCUGGUAAGAUAUAAUUCACAUCAUUAUCUAGAAUGCCAAUAAAAAAGUAUUUAUGUCUCAUAUUAAAAUGCCAAAAAAAAUUAAAAGGCCAUCCAACUUUUUAAAUCAAUUUGGAAAUGGCAAACACAGGUCAGGAAACUAUUCUUGGAUUUUCAGAAAGAUAACAUUUUUAUGCUAGGGAAGACUAGUUCCAAUAAAAAAUCAUAACACUAGGAAAAGAUUUAAAGAAUAGUUGUUUAAAGAAAAAAAUGAUACAAUGUAAUGGCUCUAUGGCUAAGUAGGUCAUAAUCACUCCUUGAAACUCUUAGCAUCUGUUUUUACUAGUUUAGAAGCUCUUCUAUUCACUGGUUCCUUAAUUUGGAUUGUGGGGGCUGAUUAUUUUUGAAAAAAAGGGUUCUUUAUACCCAGAAAAAAGUGUUUGGAUUUGGUAUUAAAAUUUUUGCAUAUUAACAGUAAGUUUAUGGAAUUCCCUAGAUCACCUGUGAAUCCUGUAGACAUCCUUAUUUCUUAAGUCCUGCUAUAAUAGUUAUACUACCCCGAGACUAGUCUGUUACAUUAAAAAAUAACUUUAGAGAAAUGUGUCCCCUUUAUACCUAAAGUAGAGUACUCUUUCUUACUAAGUAAUUUCUAGGAAAUCCUGUGUAUAAUAGUUAACUUGUGAAUUUUGUUUUCUAAAGAUGACAGAUUAAUAAAACAUUGAGAUAUUUAAUUUAUUUUGGGAAGAUAAAUUUAAUGGGCAAUGAACAUGCAUUAGAGAAAUUGAAACUGACAAAAUAUUUUAAAUAACAUUCUCUAAACCUUUACAAAAGCAUUACCCUAAGAAAAUGUUUAUAAGGUAAUUGUAUGUUGCUAACUCUGAGUUUAGAAUUUUAAAAAUAUAAACAUUUCCUCUAAAGCACCUGUAUAUGUCAGUCUUCCUCUUUAUACAACUCUCACCUCCCACCCUCUGUACCCUAUUUAUAACCUAUCUAUGUAUCCAGUUUGAAUGAAAAUAGAACAGCAGCAUUUUUAAGAACAAGACUUUUCUAGAUGUGUUCUCUGCAACCUAUUUGCCAUAUAUUUAUUAUUUGCAAUUUGUAAGUCAAUUCAAACAUUAGAUAAAAAGAAUACAUCAAUAGGGUAUUUAACUACACGUAGGUUGAGGUCAAAUAUCAAUCUUUGGGGUUAGAGUUUCAAAGAAGUUAUAUCAGAACUGUAUCAAUGUGCUAAAUCCAUUUAUCUUUAUUUUGAAUGUUUCCUAUAGUCUUUCAGUAAAGCAUUCAUAUUAAAAUUGAGUGUGAUAUUUACUGUUAUAAUGUUCUUGAAAAUAUUAAACCAGAAACUUCAGAGUUGGUUAUAUUACACAUAAAUGUUAAGAGAAUUACCAGCCUAGAAUUUGGUUCUUUAAUUUUUUGUUUCCCAUGGUGCCACAUUACAUUGUUCUUUAACAAUGAGCCAUUUACUGACUCUUCUUUGGUUAUGUUUUAGAUGACCGAACGCCUCAGUAUGGAAUUAGUUACAUUUGAAUUAUUGAAUAUACAGAUUGAAGGAAGGCCCUAUUGCCUACUACCAACUGUGUGUUACAUGUCUGACUUGUAAAAUCUGUAACUGCUUAGGAAAGCCUUUUCCCUGAAACACGUUCACACAUUUUUAUUAAUCUUUUACAUUUCUAACAAUUAAGCCUGCUAAGUUAAUACCACUUGGAAAAAUAGAUGGGAUGUUGAGGUUUGACAGUAUUAUUUAUGAAAAGGGAUAAAAUUUUGAAUAGUAUAUAAAUAUAUGUAAAAACUAAUAGCAAUUUAUUUCACUGGUUCACUUUAAUCUCUAUCCCUUCCUUUUAGUUUAUAGAUACCAGUGUGUUUUCAGCUUUAGAAAUAGUCUAAAACAUUCAAUUUCUUGCUACAUCAGAAUGUAGUAUAUCUAUGGUAUUUUCAGUUUCACCUGCUAUUGAAAUGAGACUUUUUUUAACCGAACUUGUCUUUUUUAAUUAUCACUUUAAUAUUUCUCAUGUUUGUGAAAGAUUAGAAUUUUCUUAAAAUAUACAACUUUGAUCACACUAUCCAUGCUCAGAAUUUUCAGUGGUGUUGCAUUGCUUCCCAAAAUAAAGUCUAGAUUUCAUAAUCAGUUCUUCAUCACCACCUAGAUGAUGACUACAGGUGUUUUUGUAAUAUUUGACCUUGCCAGCAUCUGACAAGUGGUAAUUAUCCUGUGCUUAAUCAGACCCCUGCUCUUUAUCAUCAAUUACUCAAAAUUGUAGAAUUUAGUUUUUGUUGUUGCAGACGACCUGAUAGUAUAGAAAGAAAAAAAAAAAA